AUGGUAUUAUUUUUAGGACCAAUGGUAAUGGAUACUGAUUUUUUAAAUAUAUCAUAUGACUUGGAAACACUUCGUGAUAUAAUUGUUGGACCAUUAGUAGAGGAAUUAGUUUUUAGAUCAGUUAUAUGUCCAAUAUUAUUUUUUGGUGGAUUUAGUCAACGUUAUAUUAUUAUAUUAUCACCAUUUUUAUUUGGAUUUGCACAUGCUCAUCAUAUUUUUCAAAAAGGAAAUUAUUUUAUAAAUCUUAUUAAAGUACUCUUUCAAGUUUGUUUCACCUCUUUAUUUGGAAUGUAUUCAGCAUUCCUUUUCUUUAGAACUGGUAAUAUUUUAGCAUGUUUCAUUGUUCAUUCUUUUUGUAAUAUUAUGGGUUUACCUGAUUUUGGUGGUAUUUCUGAUCAUGAAAAUAAAAAAGUCGUUGGUACAUGUUUUAUAAUUGGAUUAAUUGGAUUUAUUUUUGGUGUUUUACCAAUAACAAAUCCAAAUUAUUAUGGUUCAAUUUAUAAUUUAUUAGAAGUUUGGUAA